UUGUAAUUCUUGCAAUGACUGUACAGGUGGUCCUCGAGUUAUGACGGUGCGACUUGUGGCAGCCGUCCCAUCGGCAUUACUAUGUUAUCUUCAAGUCUCGACGCGUCUAGCAAGGGAGAAAGUGAGCGUUCUGGAAGUGCUGGAAAGAAAGCGCAAAAGAAGAGAUUUAGAAAUGACAGUUAAAAUUGUGGCACAGCAUGAAAAUAUAAUAAUUUACUGUAUUUAUACUAUUUUCGUUUACAUUUCCAUGUAUUCAUUUAGCAGACGCUUUUCUCCAAAGCGACGUACAUCUCAUAGAAAAUACGUGUUCAUUACAUUAGGACAUUAUUCAAUGUACUGUAAGUAUUAUUUUGUCGUGCAUAAAAUGGGAAAUGAGUGGAAAAAAUAUGACAAAGCCCUGUUAUACAAUGUAGCAUUCAGGCGUGUUAGUUAUUAUGUAUCAUUAUGGCUCAUAUGAGGCUCAAGGGGACAAAGUGGACUUACGGCGUGGUUGUUGGAACGGAACCCCUUCUUGAGCCCAAGGACCCCUGUCGCUGUUACGCCGAGUGUCUGAAUGCUGAAUUAUUUCACAGGCCCCGUUUCCCCAGCAGGUGAACACAUUUGUUGACCUUUGACCUUGCACUCUCUGGGCUCCUGGUGCUCUGGGACGAUGGCUCCGCCCACUGCGCUACGCCGCAUCGCCGUUCUCCAGCUCCUUCUGCUCUCGUCCAUCAGCGACGGGGGAGAUGCCGAAAACAUCAACUUCUACGAUGUGAGACCCCCCGUGGGCGCCACACCCUUCCCCCGGAGCUUCAAGUGCUUCACGUGUGAACACGCCUCGGACAACUACAGCUGCAACCGCUGGGCGGAGGACAAGUGGUGCCCCCGGGACACAGAUCUGUGCCUGACCAUGCACCGCUUCAGCCCCCACGGGAAGAGCCGCUCGGUGACCAAGCGCUGCGCCACCCUCGAGGACUGCCGAGCCGUGGGCUGCCGGCACCGCGGGAGCCUGGGUCACACGGAGUGCGUCUCGUGCUGCGAGGGCCUCGUCUGCAACGUGGACGUCCCAACCAACCGCAGCAACGCCGUUCUGGCACUGAGACACGCACGCGGCUCUUCGGAGUGUCCCGCGCACACCCCGUGCGUCCCGUCUGUCCUCGCCGUGACCCUGGCAGCGCUGGCGUUGUGGUGAGAGAGGAACAAAGUGAAACGGGCUCCCCCACGACUGCGAACAGGGCUCGGAGCGCAGACGUCCUGGUGAGAAUGGAUGGCGAAACUAAAGGGCUGUGAAACUCGACCGCGGUGGAUUGGCAGCCCAGCCGGCCGGAUGAACCACAGGAUGGAGACGCUACUGAUGGACUUCGGGUCCCAUCGCUUCUUCGUGCCACAAUAAGGAGAACCGGGUCCUUCUCUGCAAUGCAUAAUGAGGACAGAUUUCAAAGGAGACACAGUGGGACUGUGGGACAUAUCCCUUGAAUUUUUUUAAAGAGGUUUCGAUUGCAGCCCCAGCAAGCUCUAAUGAAGAGCAA